CUGCAUUCUUCCAUCCUAUAAAUACCGAUGCAUCUUCCCAGUGACCUCAGUAGAUUUCUUAACUUCUAACAGGAUAACAACCCAAGCAAUUCGCCGCGGAAAAUGGCUCGUACUAAGCAAACGGCUCGUAAAUCCACCGGAGGAAAGGCUCCUCGCAAGCAGUUGGCCACCAAAGCGGCCCGUAAGAGUGCCCCUGCCACCGGUGGCGUAAAGAAGCCACAUCGGUAUCGCCCUGGAACAGUGGCUCUGCGAGAAAUCCGUCGGUACCAGAAAUCGACCGAGCUCCUCAUCCGGAAGCUGCCCUUCCAACGGUUGGUGCGUGAAAUUGCUCAGGAUUUCAAAACGGAUCUGCGCUUCCAGAGCUCGGCAGUGAUGGCCCUGCAGGAAGCUAGCGAAGCCUACCUGGUGGGACUCUUCGAAGAUACCAACUUGUGUGCAAUCCAUGCGAAGCGGGUGACCAUCAUGCCCAAAGACAUCCAGUUGGCGCGCCGCAUUCGGGGAGAACGAGCUUAAACAGGCAAAUCGAAUUAUUCAUCAAUGAAAAAUAAUCAUUAUCUAUUUCAGGUACCCUUUUUUGCAAAUGGUCCUUUUAAGGACCCCAAUUCCGUUGAAAAAGAGUUGUUUUCAAAUAAUAAUUCACUAGAAUGGAUCAUUUGGUCAAUUUAAAUGGCAUAUGGCACUGAGUGACUAAUAAUCGUGACUAGGUGACCCAUAAUAGUGUGAGCAGCCUGUUACAGUCUAGCGGACUGAAAUGGAAGAACUAAUCCUCUCUUUCACAUGGUAGUUCCCGAGCUCUAUUGAUUUUCGACGAAUUUGAGGUAAACCGAAUCAGAUGAUAGUAUUGCAAUAGUUACAAGAACAUGAUUCUAUACUCAUAAGAUUUAUCCAAUUGUCAACUAACUGAUUCAAUAGUAAAAUUAUGUAUUAAUAAUCAAUUUACUAUUAUAAAACAAUUAAAAAAAUAAACUGA